AUGGGGCGGUGGUCCAUGGGGUGCCUCUUGCUGCAGCAGCCAGAUGCAAUCAGCUUCAGCGCCUCCAUCAGCGCCUGCGAGAAAGGGUGUCAGUGGCAACGCGCUGUGGCUCUGCUGCCCCGGAUGCGCUGCAGUUUGGUGCUGCCCAAUCGGCUCAGCUACAGCGGCGCAGUGAGCGCCUGUGAAAAGGCCAGCUGGAGCCUUUGGCCCCGCGCCCUGCGCUUGGCAGCGGCGCUGGGCUCCGGAGAUGUGGUGAGCCAUUCGGCCACCAUCAGCGCCCUGGAGAAGGCGGCGCAGUGGCGCCUGGCGCUCGCGCUGCUGCGCGACUUGGCGCGGCUUCGGCUGGUGGCCAACACGGUCACUCGCAACGCCGCGCUGAGCGCCUGCGGCCGCGCCGAGCAGUGGCGGGCCGCCAAGCAGCUGAGCUUGCGCUUCAACGCUUGCGGCCGGACCUGCUGA